AUGAGUAGCGUAAAAGGCAAAUCCAAAUUUAAACUCGUACAAAAUGUCACAGAGAAUGUACAACGUGAAGCUAAAGCAAGAAUGAAAAAAGUCACUACAUGCCUAGAGAAGUUAAAAGUGCAAAUAGACGCAAAACAAUUUGACGCUCUAGAAUUUCAAAAGCUAGGAGGAAGUCAUGACGAGAAACAAAUAAAGUCUUGUUUGGAAGAUAUUUGCAUGAAAGUAAAAAACAUUCAUGAUACAGGUAAAUGGCUGAAUGACAUUCAGAAAAUAUUGAAAACAGAAAUAUCAUCUCUUAAGAAUGAAAUUUCUCAUUUUUGGGAUACGGAUGAACCUGCACUUGAUUAUGUCCAAGGGAACCAUCCAAAAUUAGUGAAAGACAUACUUGAUGCAAGACAUAUGCUGAAUCAAAAGAAAAAAGAAGUUGCAAAGGAAGCAUCAAAGAGGGAGUCGGGCGGUAGAGAAGCCAAACUUCAGCAGCAUGUUGAUGAAUUAUGGAAGUUGGCAUUUGAUUCUGAAAACAAUAAGACAGGCCGUAAUAGUGACGAAGGAAAUUUGCUGAACAUGCUAGAAAAAAUAACACCAGAAAUAAAAAAGCUGAAAAAUUUGCAAGCUACAAUGGAAAUGGAGAUAAAAGCUCUAAACGAUGACGUGGCAAAAUAUGAUGAUCAGAUUGAGCCUUCUAUUAUUAAUGAUUGUUCCGAACAUCCUCGAAUAAUUAACGAUAUCCUAAAUACAAGAAAACAGCUAAGCAGCAAAACGAUCGAUGUUACGAUACAAAUAAAAGACAGCGAAGAAGACAGAAAUAAAGGAAUAUCAACAUUGAAGCAACAUGUAAUUACUUUGUGGCAGUUAGCAACUGAAACGGAAAAAUUGCCGGACAAUGACGAUCAUGACAGUGUGUCGAAUUUAGUGAAACUGCUGACAGAUAUUAAACUUCAAAUGAAAUAUGAAAGGAACAAACAAGAAGAAGCACGGAAAGAAAAACAAAGUCAAGAACAUGCGAUUAAAUAUUUGUGGGAAAGAAUAUAUCCAGGCAAGGUUAUAUCAGGCGAAGAUGUGGCAACUCUUUUGGUUGAUAUAGUAAACUAUGCUACCGACACACAGGAAAAGCUAGAAGAUUUUGAUAGGAUAGAAGACCUUGCAUUCAAAGUAGAGGAUCAGGCUCACAGAAUUUAUUUAGAGUUAACUUGUAGUAAACAUUCGUAUACUGACGACUCUAAGACAGCAAAUGGUAUAUUAAAGAGGUCGCUUGAAAUACUACAAAGCUGCAAAAAUGAAACCAACGCAUUUAUCGAGAUUGUUACAAUGCUUGAAGUGGAUUUGAACAUCGAUAGAAAAUCCGAUUCAGUUUCAAACAGAUGCAAAGCGAUUAAAAAAAUAGUAGAAAAACGGAAGGAAAUAUUUAACGAAAUGCGGAGAGUGGUUGAUGAGUCCACUCAUUCUCUUGCUGUGUCAUACUCUGAACUCUUAAACACACCCUACCUGUUUCUAGAACCACGCAAAAAUGUGGAUUCACAACGUAAAAAGGUACCAGAAUGGUUUCAGAACCAUGUAGCACUAAUUGGUCGUAUAUGUGCUUGCACGAAGGAAAACAAGGAAAGUUUUCAGAUAAGAUAUGUCAGAAGAGAAGAUUAUGAUAAUUUACAGGACAAGAUGAUAAAUUUGCUUGUUGAAAAUGAACAAUUAAGGGAGGAUAAAGACAGUGCAUAUAAUAGAUUAUCAAAGGUCGCUGGAGCACGUCUGACGGACAACAACCCAUAUAUUGCAGAUCUUGGUGAUCCAAAUCGUCCAACAAAAAUUGCCGAACAGUUUUCAGAGUUGCAUGACGACCCUUGGACAGAGGCAUACGAGAUAUUGAAAGAUAAAGAUCAAGAAAACACAGAUUUUUUGUUGAAGAUUAUUGUAGAUUGUUAUGAAAUUUGUGGAAAAAUAUCUAUGAAUCAUCAACGGAAUUUGAAGAAUGCUGUGUGUUAUCCUGCAAAUAAUAUAGAAGUUGGACAAGCAUCAGAACAGAAAAAGGGAAAAACGGAAAACCCUGUCUCCUUCUCAGCGGUUCCGUCAAAGGCUUUAUCAGAACUUCGCAAGCAGACUGCAGAUAUAUCUGUUGUUAAUGUAAUAUCGCAAAUAGAAUCGGUACAUAAGGGCUGGUUUGGUCCGAAAAAGUUGCGAAGUUAUACGACCCGUUGUAUAGAGCUGUGUUGGUUAAUGCACGUACAAACUCCACCUAUUGUUAUUGAUACGUGCGCCAAGCCAGGAUCCAACUUUGAUACUAGCAGAUAUAAACAAUAUACAAAAGCUGGAAAGAAAAUAGAUUUUGUUGUUUGGCCUGUAUUGUUGUUGGAAGAAGGAGGAGCUAUUUUGUGUAAAGGCGUUGCUCAAGGAAAAUAGAUGUUAAGUAUCAGUUUAAUACUGUUCCUGCAGCAUAUUCAAAAGCACUGGGAUAUACUAUUUUUACAUGUAUUCAGUUUAUAACAUUAUCGCACACAUUAUCUUAUUAAAAACCAUUUCUGUCUACUGUGGAGUGAGCAUAUACAUUUUAGUUAGCAAACUGUUUGUACAGCUGUGUCUGUGAACUACAUUCAAUUUGUAUGUUUACAUUCCUUGCCUUGGGAAUAAAAAAUACAUGUAAACAUGGCAUGUUUGAAUCUUUGGUAAGCAUGGAAUAACGAUUAUACAUCCAUUUAAUGUAUAAAUAUUCCAAUUUUAGUUUAAAACAUGUUUAAUUAUAAGGAAUACAAAUGUGACUGUUAUCGUUUUAGUGUGUUGAUAAAUUAUUUUUUGUUCAUAAUCAAAUCAGUCAGUCAUUGUUGUUUAGUUUCUUAUGUUAUUACAUAAAGUGUUUGAUAAAAAUGUUUGUAUGUAAGUAUGUAUGUACGUAGAAAAUUUAGCUUUGUGUAUAUCAAAAACAAAACGAUUUUUUCAUGUAAUUAAUGUUUUAAAUUUUGUAUAUAGCUAUCUAUUGUAGUCAAUCGAUUUCAUCAAACUAUAAAAUUAAAUUUGUAAAUGAUUAUAACUUAUAAAAAAUAUUUUAAGGUUAUAUCUUAUUCUACAAUACAGUUCUGCUUACAUGGUCAUUUUUAAUUGAAUGUUAUUUGUUUUGCAAAUAAUAAGGGUAACAAAAUUCUAUUGUGUGUGCAUUUAAGCAAUAGAAAGAGCACCGAAACACGAGGCUAUCUGAUUUGUACGAGGGGGCGCAGCCCCCGAGUAUUAAUCAGAUUGCCGAGUGUUUUGGUGUUCUUUCUCUUUUGUAUCAUAGUCAAACAUAAAAGCACGUUCCCUGUUGUCACAAUAUGAAACCCCGGCAAAAAUGAACGAAUGAACGAACAUCUGAAUAUGACAUAUAUGUCGCUUUCCCUUUCUCUGCCGUCACAGUAUGUAAACCCCAGCAAAAAUGAGCCAAUCAAUGGGCAUGCUCUUGAGUGCGGGUAACUAAUACCCGCACUCCAGUUAACGCACUGUGCAUGUAUAUGUAUACGAUUUAACCCUGACACAUUUUCAACAGAAAGGUCUCCAAACUAUGAUACAAUGUACCAAAGAGUUUUGUAUUUUAAGAAAUCGUACUACAAGAACAUGUUGUUGCCAUUCUUUGUUAUUUUCUUUUCUAAUUUGUUCUGUAAACAAUAAAAUAGUCCAGAAACUAAUGAUUUCUAGAACAUGCAAAACAAAAAAUAAUGUGACAGUUUGGAGAAAAAGAAGAUACUCAAAAUUAAGUGAUAAAGCUAAGCCACUACUAUGAGAUAAUGAAACAACAACAAAAAACAAGAUAAGGGAUUAAUCUGCUAGGAUUUUGAUACUUGUCGCAAGUUGUGGCAAAAGAAUUAAACAUUAUUAAUUUAACAAUGCAACGUAUACAUGCAUUCGGUUUAAUGCCAUUACAAUAAAUACCCACUGACAAAGCAUUUUCUGUUAUUUAUUCCGAUUGUACCUGUAUGAUAAUUUGCAGCACCCCAUGCAUCAUACAACAUAGGUUUUGUGUCGGUAUGUCGAGAAGUUUUGGACAUUGCUGAACUUGUAUUCAGCAACCGGAACCGGCUGUACAAAUUGCACCUCUUUAGUAGGAAUGUAUUAUUUGGUAUUAAUAAGUAAAUUAACAAAGUGCUUUAAUGAUAUGAUAAUGAAGACAACGCAUAAGAUUUAUUACGUUUCCUGCAACACAUUAGUGCUCAGUACUGCCAAUAAAGCUUUUCUUAUCUUAAUAAAGUCUGUCUGUUUUUCUUAGUAGAGCUCUUUAGGGCGCGGGAUUACUAGUAGUGAUUAAGAGUCGCUGAUUUGAUCCGCGGGUAAACCGAAAUUUCUCCCUGACAAAUAAACUUAGAUAUUGAUUCUUAUUAUCAUUUGUCUCUCGCCACUUAUUCCGAAAUCAUGUAGGAUUAGAUUUUAGAUAACAUAGUUUUGUAUUUAUACAUGAAAAUACUUUGUCAUAAAAAGCACAGUAACAAUUAUUCCCACGGAGCAUGUCAGGCUUAAGUCAUUGAGUAUUACUUUUUUGUUAAUCUAAAUUGAUCUGUUUUGA